CGCAAGGAGGAGUGGUCCCCUUCAUCAACCCUGAAUUACUGCCUAGCAAAUCAAGCAAAGGCAAGAAGGAGGGUGCAAGCCAGGAGGCCUAAAUUUCUGUGGAUCACCUUUAUGUUCCUUUUACAAACUUUUUUUAUUGGAUUCGAUCUUCUUGUAGUAUCAUAUAUCCGGUCGUUUUUCAGAUGUAAUCCCUGGUGCCGAGGACCAUUGACGUCAGACGAUAUGUUUGUUUGUACUUGUUGAAUUUACAAGGUAGUCCAUGUUGCAGGCACUAUUUGAGUCUCCACUCCUUCGACAGGACGGCUCUAAUUUCUACACAGGUCUGAGCUGAAACAAUGGCUCGGUUUUACUCUCUCAGUCGGCGAGAGAUUACACUCGUUCUGUUCUCCGUCAUGAUUUUUUUGGUCUUCUACAACUUCGAUGCGACUUCCGAAUUCUUUGCAAAUCCUAACCUGUUUGGCAUAUCCUCAGCUGAUGGUGGUCUCGACACGGACAUAUAUGGGGACUGGGUGUCUGACGAGAGACGCAUAUCCAGCGUUCAUAAGCAGCAAGAGAAGGAAGAUGCCUCGGAAGGAGAUAUAUGGCUAAAGACCGAUCGUAUACCUGAGGCGCAGAAACAACUCAUCUUCGGAAACAUUGGUGUUAACGAUGGUUUCAUGCACUGGGGAGAAGAUAUGCCUGAAACUCAAAUAGUGAAACACGUCGCUGGAUUCUCGAUCAUGGACAAUGUAAUAAUGUGCAAUGGCACAAUUUUCAUUGUGACGGAUUCUCCUUCAAGCUUCCCUUCGUUGGGUUCCAUUGCAUCGUCUGCUGACAACUCGCACGAAGCUCCGCUUCCAAGAGAAUGGGCCAUGCUGUCGAUCGAGCAAGCUAGAGACAUACUUGGUUCAUAUGGUGGAUUGAUUCAAGGCACGAGUUGGCUAGCGUAUGACGCAAUUCCGAGCAAUUACACGCUUUUCUCGCUCUGGGGGAUCCACAGCUCUCUGAACACGUCGACGUCUCCAGAUCCUUUCCGUCCCCCACGACGACUUUUUUUCCCGAACAUUCCUACUUACAAAGGAACACAACCCGACCUCAAUGGACCCAUAAUUAGACGUCAACGUUCGGACAGUGGUUUUCAUCCAUACCUUCCCAAGGCCGCUUUUCCAUUGCUCGGGUUGAUGUAUAAAGAAGAUUGGGAAGAUUAUGCGCUCAUGAAAGUCCCUUUCGUUUUCGAGAGGCUGGUCGUCGCCGAUUUUGGUGCAGCUGCACGUUCUGCAAACGAUGUGCCUCCAUUCGCUCUCCCGCUUGUUGGCCUGAAUGCGUCAAAGGAAUGGUGGGAGCCAAUUAGGCAGAAUCUUGCCAAGUUCUUGCAUGUAAACCACCGCGCACAAAACCUCAACAGCGGACAAGAAAAAACGGUAGUCACUUAUAUAUCCCAACAAGAUGCCACAAGCGGUUCAAGGCUGAAGAGAGCCAACCAUGAUGCGUUGGUCAACGCUCUUGAAACGUUGCAUGAAAGCAACGACUUCGAGGUCAACAUAGUUUCUUCAGAGAGUCCCUGGGCGGAAAGGUUGUCAGCCGUCGCCCAGUCUAAUGUCGUUCUGGGUGUUUACGGAGAUAGCCUCGCCGACAGCGUAUUCAUGAGGCCAUCAGGACACUCAGCUCUGAUGGAAUUUUUUCCCUCUGACGUCUUUACUCGCGACGCAGAAACGGCGGUUCGUUCCUUAGGCAUUCGCUACAUCGCCUGGUGGAAUGAUCGGCGGUUCGAAACCGACAGUCUUCCAUCUGUCGCUCCAGGGAGCGACCUUGCUCAAGAAAUUCAGAUUGACCCUUCUUCAGUCGUGCAUGCCAUCCUGGAAGUGGUCACUCGCACAUAGAUAUUGUCGGCGAUAGGUUCCAUUUAAUUGCGCAGUCACAUGGACAUUAUAUCUGUAGAAGCAUUUAGACUUCUUCAACUGGACUACCAGCAGCCACGGUCGAACUUUGUUGUCAUCAUCGUUGCCGAGUGCA